ACAAAAGAAAUAGACAGCAUCCCGCCAAGGUACAAGACCCUGGUGACGUCGUGUCACUUGGUGCGCUAGGAGAAGCUUGGCUUGGCGAUCCAACAACACGUUCGCGAAAGUUGCACCGUGACAGGAGCAACUCCAGUGCUCUCGCGUCGCAACAAGCAAGUCACCCAGACGCAUCUGGUCAGACCGUCUAAGCUGCAAUCAUGGCUAGCACCUACAAUGUCGAGCCACAGCCAACGGCCAAAGUCCUCCUCCAGACUACGACUGGUGAUAUUGAGCUCGAGCUGUUCGCGAAACAAAUACCCAAAGCGUCGCGAAACUUCCUGCAGCACUGCCUCGAUGGCUACUAUGAUGGUACAAUAUUCCAUCGACUAGUUCCAAACUUCGUCAUUCAAGGGGGCGACCCAACAGGAACCGGCCAAGGCGGCGAGAGUAGUUUUGACGGCGAGCCAUUCGAAGAUGAAUUCCACAGCAGGCUGAAGUUCAACAGGAGGGGUCUCUUGGGUAUGGCAAAUACUGGCAAAGAUGACAAUGGUAGUCAAUUCUUCAUUACACUGGCACCGACCCCGGAGCUCCAGAAGACGAAUACUAUGUUUGGACGGGUGGUAGGAGAUACGAUUUACAAUGUUAUGAAGAUGGGCGAUGCGGAUUUGGUAGCAGACUCAGAUCGACCAUUAUAUCCGCAGAAGAUUACCGGUACGGAAAUCUUACUUAACCCUUUCAGUGAUAUGGUCAAAAGAGUUAGAGUUGCUCAGCGGACAAUCGAAGAGAAAAAGGAGAAGAAGAAACCGAAGAGGAAAGCUGGGAAAGCUCUACUUAGCUUUACUGGGGACGAGGGUGAAGAGGACGUUGCCGUCCCUGUUCCCAAAAAGCCCAAGUUCAAUCCAAAGCUGGUCAGCGGUGGAGGAGAGACCCCCGAGAAAUGGAACAACACCUCAAUCCCCAAAGCACCUGACGUGCCAAAACCUGCCAAAACUCACGAAAAGCCAAAAACAAAUUCAAAAGCUCCUUUACGAUCGCCCACUCCUCCGCCAGAUCGCGCAAGGGCAGUCACGCAAUCUACGCAACCUCAAUCUAUCUCCUCCUCCCGUUCUCCCACUCCCGAGCCUACUCGCAAGUCUGCACUAGAACGCACAAACGAGCAGAUAGCAGCGCUUAAACAAUCAAUGAAGCGCAACACCAAUGUCGUACUAGGAGAACCUAGGAAGAAGUCAGCGCUUGAGGAAUUUAUCCCAGUGACUGCCACACGAGGUCGAAAGCGGCGACAAGGUGGAGCAGCAGUAGAAGAGAAGGGCGCAUUGGCUAUAUUAGCAGCUUUCAAAUCCAAGCUUGAUGCAACACCUGCAUCAGCCCCGAGUUCUGUGACAGCCGACCCAGAGCGUGAACCGCAGCAGAACGGCUCCGCGAAUAACAAUGGUAAUACUGCAGAUGAUGAUGAGGCACAUCUCUGUGACUUACAUUUUAUUGCGAAUUGUCAGUCUUGCUCGUCGUGGGAUAAGGAAGAUGCCAAGGACGACGCGGAAGACGAUGAUGCCAAUUGGAUGGGACAUGCACUGACGUUCGAUAAAGACCGAUUAGGGAAAGACUUAGAAUGGAAACGGAAAAACGAAGAGGAACUUGUGGUUAUUGAUCCUCGAGAGAAAGCCCGGGAAUUGAAAGAAGGAAAGAGAGGGCGAGACGAUAGAGGGAAUCGAGGGCGAGAAAAAGGAAGCCAUAGAGGUGGACGAGACCGGAGGUAGAUAAUAACUACAGAGGGCACAGAUUUCGCAAUAUAAAGGUAUCUAUAUAUUCACGCAUCAUAACUUUAAGAUACCCUACACUAGUUGUAGGGGCGGGCUGGACAAGGUAGCUUGCUCAUCUCACUAAGAGACAUUUGAUCACAAGUCACAGGCAAUCGCUCAUUAACGUCGUAUCGUUGGACUUCAGAGGUUAGAUCGAGACAUG